GGGACCUGUGAGGACUACCUGUCUUUCUGACCCCACUGGUCUGUAGUAUUUCCACAAUGGGGAAGACUGGGCAGAGUACAAUGGACUCCCCAACAGAGGUCAAACAAGCAGUUCCCUUUGAGGAGUUGGAGCCUGUGGUGCCCCCCGCAGACAAAAGAAAGAAAAACGAAGAGCCACCUGAGAGAGGAAGCUGGAAGGGGAAGUUUGAUUUCCUGUUGUCAUGUGUGGGAUACGCCAUUGGUUUAGGAAAUGUCUGGAGGUUCCCUUAUCUGUGUGGCAAGAAUGGAGGAGGGGCCUUCCUGAUCCCAUACUUUAUGACCCUGGUGUUUGCUGGGAUACCUCUCUUCCUUCUGGAGACAUCUCUGGGACAGUUCACCUCAGUGGGAGGGCUGGGAGUGUGGAAACUCAUCCCUAUGAUGAAGGGCGUUGGUCUGGCGGCAGUGGUGCUGUCCUUCUGGCUCAACAUCUACUACAUUAUCAUCAUUGCCUGGGCACUCUACUACUUAUUCAACUCAUUUGAUUUGGAGCUGCCUUGGCAAAACUGUAAUAACCCCUGGAAUACAGAGAAAUGCUUUUCCAACUAUAGCCUGACAGACACCAGCAACUUGACCAGUGCUGUCACUGAGUUCUGGGAACGUAACAUGCACCAGCUGACCAGUGGACUGGAGGAGCCAGGAGAGCUACGUUGGCCCUUAGUGGGUACUCUGGCGCUAUCGUGGGUCCUUGUCUACUUUUCAAUCUGGAAAGGAGUGGAGUGGACGGGGAAGGUGGUGUACUUCUCAGCCACCUAUCCCUACUUCAUGUUGUUCAUCCUGUUCUUUCGUGGGGUCACUCUGCCCGGAGCCGUAGAUGGGAUCCUCUUCUAUGUUACCCCAGAUUUCAAUAAGCUAAUCCGGUCUGAGGUGUGGCUGGAUGCAGCAACUCAAAUCUUUUUUUCUUACGGCCUGGGCCUGGGCUCGCUCAUCGCACUGGGAAGCUACAACACUUACAACAACGAUGUGUACAGGGACUCCAUCAUAGUGUGCUGCAUCAACUCCUGCACCAGCAUGUUUGCUGGUUUUGUCAUCUUUUCCAUUGUGGGCUUCAUGUCCUACAUCACUAAGAAACCUGUACAGGAGUUAGCAGCAUCAGGUCCAGGGCUGGCAUUUUUAGCUUAUCCUCAAGCCGUCACCCAGCUGCCAAUGUCUUCUCUGUGGGCUGUCCUCUUCUUCUCUAUGCUCUUGAUGCUGGGCCUAGACAGUCAAUUUUGUACCGUGGAAGGCUUCAUCACAGCUCUAAUGGAUGAAUACCCCCUGGUGCUGAGGAAGAGGAAGAAGGUGUUCAUCUUUGCUGUCUGCUUCAUCUCCUUCAUCAUUGGCUUGUCCAACAUUACACAGGGUGGGCUGUACGUGUUCAAGCUGUUUGAUUACUACUCCGCCAGUGGCAUGUGUCUCCUCUUCCUUGUCUUCUUCGAAACUAUUUCCAUAUCCUGGUUUUACGGAGCUGAAAGGUUUUAUAAGAACAUUGAAGACAUGAUCGGUUAUCGGCCGUGUGGCUUUUGGAGGCUCUGUUGGUUGUUCUUCACUCCACUCAUCUGCCUGGGGGUGUUUACAUUCAGUGCCAUUGAGAUGACUCCUCUGACCUUGGGGAAGUAUAUAUACCCACUAUGGGGCCAAGUGAUCGGCUGGUUCAUGGCUUUGUCAUCCAUGGUGCUGAUCCCUGGCUAUGUCAUCUACAUGUUCUACACCACUAAGGGCAGCAUCAAACAGCGCUGGUGGAACAUGACAACUGCCCAGGAGGAUCAAAAGCCAUCAGGUCAUGAAGAAUUUACACACACAGGGAGCAUGGCUGAUGCAUGUAACUAGCCAGGGUUGCUCAGAUUGAAAUAAUCUGACUGCCAAAACACUGUCUACCCUGAAUUUACAAUGAAAUCUGACAACUGGGCAGAUGGAGUCUUGUCCAGUAUUUUACUAUGAUGCUUUCUUCCAUAUUGAAUUGUGCAGAAAAAAGUCAGUUGAAUAAAAGAAGAACACGAGGAGGCACUUCAGAGAAUUUAGGGCAUAGAAUAUAGCAUUUUGCAACAAAAGGUCUGACCACAAACACAAUGUGUUAGAUCAUCA